AUGCUAUAUGACAGGGCAUUCCUGGGGAAUCCUGGUACAGUCAAGGGCUUGGCUUGGGAAUACAAAGAUCUUUUUAAGGCAGAUAUGUGGCCCUUGGGACUGGUUGCUGUGCUGAGCAUGACACUUCACUUCACACUCCAACAGGAUGCUUCUGGUGCUGCACAGCAUGAUGAGAAGGUGAGCUUCAGAAGCAAGGCUUUUGAGUCCCAUUACUAUGCCUACCUCCUGAACCUGAAGAAGUACAAGGAGGAGAACUGA